AUGAGAGUCGAGCAAGGCUUCCAACCGGUCCCCUACUCCGAGGGCAACCCAUACACAGCGGACCCCGUCCUCCCCUGCCUCCUCCGCCGUCUCUUCCCCAAACAAGCCCGCGAUGAGAUCGAGCCCGACCUCGAACGGUUCGGCAACGACAUCCUCACCACCGUGCGCGACCUCGCCGAUCUUACCGCCCCGCCCACCCUCACCCAGUACAACCACUGGGGCCAGCGCACCGACGCGCUCCGCCUCUCCGAGGGCUGGCGCCAGCUGACAGCACUGGCACAGAAGGAGGGCAUCGUAGCGAUCGCGUACGAGCGCCGCUAUGGCGCGCUGAGCAGGGUGUACGGGUCCAUGAAGGUGCUCAUGGCCACGGCGGACACGCGCUCGGUGUUUUGUCCGAUGAGUAUGACAGAUGGGUGUGCGCGCGUUAUCGAGUUGCAUGGGACGCCAGCGAUGAAAGCGGAGAUAUAUCCUCGCUUGAUAAGUCGAGACCCGUCGCAUGCCUUUACUAGCGGGCAAUGGAUGACUGAGCGCCCAGGAGGCUCCGACGUCUCCCUCACCGAAACCACCGCAACCCCCCUGCCCCCGACCAAUGCCUCACGCACAGAAGACACCCUCGGCCCCGCACACUCCCUCGACGGCUUCAAGUGGUUCUCCAGCGCAACCGACAGCGACGUCGCCCUCGCCCUCGCGCGCACCGGGCCCGUCUCGGAGGGCGCGCGCGCGCUGUCCCUCUUCCUCGUCCCCCUCCGCCUCCCGCUCCUCCAGCCCAAUCCCCUCCCCCCUCCCCGAUCCGACCCUUACUGCCAGAAACCAGCCACCCGCACCUCCACGAGCAACGGCAUCUUUAUCCACCGCCUCAAGCACAAGUUCGGCACACACGCCCUCCCCACCGCCGAGCUCUCCCUGUCCGGGACUCUCGGCUACCCCGUCGGCCCGCGCGAUCGCGGCGUCAAGACCAUCGCCGCCGUCCUGAACAUCACGCGCGUCUACUCCGCCUCGCUCGAGAUCGCGCGCGCGUACGCCGCCGUGCGCACUAUCCGCGGGGGAACGCACUUGUUGAGCGAGGACGCGGUGCACGUCGCCGAGCUCGCGCGGGUAAGUACGGGCUACCGCGCCGCGGUGCACCUGGUGUUCGGCGCGGUGAGGUUGUUGGGGAGGAGCGAGUGCGGCGCGGCGAGCGAGGGGGACGAGAGGCGGCUGCGGCUGCUGACUCCCCUUGCCAAGGCGUUCGCCGCGGAGCUCGCGGGGCGGGCGAUGCCCGAGUGCAUGGCGGCGCUGGGGGGGCAGGGGUACAUGGAGGAGACCGGGAUCGGACGGUGCAUUCGCGACGGGCUGGUGGAGCAGAUAUGGGAGGGGACUACCACCGUCCUCGCGUUGGACCUCCAGAGGGUCGCCCAAUCCGCCCAAAAUAUGAGUGCCUUCCUAGAAUGGGCUGAUAAUGUCCUGGCCUCCAUGCCCCCCUCCAUGUCAGCGACACUAGAGGUCCCCUGCACGCUUCUCCAAUCCGCGCUCAAGGAAAUACAAUCAACUUACACGCCGCCGGUGGCUCCGCUGGUCCCCCGACCCGCCCUCUUCUUGUUCGGAUAUGUGGCUUCGGCACUGUACCUUCUCGAGCACGCCGUAUGGUCGAACAUCACCGCACAGCCCGAAGCGGAGACAGACAUUGAGGUGUUCAGACGUUGGGUGAUGGAGGGUGAAUUACAGCGCAGCGUUGAUGCAGUCAGAGUAGCCAGAAGCGUGGAUCCGGGCAGCCGGUUCAAGAAGGAUCAUACCAUCGUAUACGGAGACACGUCUUCCUUAGCCAAGUUAUAA